GCGGCUCCCCGAGGAUUGACGCACCACACAGCCAGUAGUGCCACGCUUCCCUCAGGAACCACCCCUACCCUUCUCUCUCAGCUGUGACCGACGGGACGCUUAGCCAACAGCGAGGGGAAGCGGUGCAGAAGUAGCCAGUGGGCGCUUGAGGGGCGGUAUCAAGAGAGGAUUGUUUAUGUCCCGGGGGAUGAAACUUACCUCUCUCAGAACAGCAUGGCACGGCGCACGCGGAGCAGCAGGGCCUGGCACUUCGUCCUGAGCGGGGUGCGGCGUGAGGUGGACACCCGGGCGGUUGCCUUGGCCACCAGCACGCGUGGCUGGGGCUACGACUCCGAUGGACAGCUGGUGGUGGUGGUGGGAACCGGGCUGCUUCGAUCUAUGAAGUUACAGUCUCAGCACAGCGAUUCAGAUUCGGAGCCAGAGUCUUCCUCCCUCUCACCUUCCAUCCCGAGUGCCAUACCUGUGACCGGAGAGUCCUACUGCAACUGCGAGAACCAGAGCGAAGCGCCCUACUGCUCCAGCCUGCAUGCCCUCCACCGUGUGAAGGACUGCCAGUGUGGCGAGGAGGACGAGUAUUUUGACUGGGUGUGGGAUGACCUGAAUAAGUCGACGGCCACCCUGCUGACCUGUGACAACCGCAAGGUGAACUUCCACAUGGAGUACAGCUGUGGCACUGCUGCCAUCCGGGGGAACAAAGAGCUGGCAGACGGGCAGCACUUCUGGGAGAUCAAGAUGACCUCCCCAGUCUAUGGCACAGACAUGAUGGUGGGAAUUGGGACAUCUGAUGUGAAUCUGGACAAGUACCGCCACACCUUCUGCAGCCUGUUGGGCAAGGACGAGGACAGCUGGGGACUCUCCUACACAGGACUAUUGCAUCACAAGGGAGACAAAACAAACUUCUCCUCGAGGUUCGGCCAAGGCUCCAUCAUUGGAGUGCAUUUGGACACGUGGCAUGGAACGCUAACAUUCUUCAAAAACCGCAAGUGCAUUGGGGUUGCAGCUACGAAGCUGCAGAACAAGAAGUUUUACCCCAUGGUGUGCUCGACGGCGGCCAAGAGCAGCAUGAAGGUGAUCCGCUCCUGUGCCAGUUGCACAUCCCUCCAGUAUCUCUGCUGUUACCGCCUGCGCCAGCUCCUGCCUGACUACGUGGACACGCUGGAGGUGCUACCAUUGCCACCAGGACUCAAGCAGGUGCUACACAACAAACUGGGGUGGGUCUUGAGCAUGAACUAUAGCACAUUGAAGCCUUCCUCCUCUUCCUCUUCAUCAGGAAGUGACUCAGACAGCUCCUGUGGCUCAGAUGCAGAGGCCUGCCAAAGGAAGAGGUGCAGGAGGACAUAAUAUCUCUGUAGGCGAACUGCUGUGAGGGAGUUGAGUGGGAUUUUGUUCCACUGUCUGCGAGGGCCAGCCAGGCCUGAUGCACCUCCUUCUUCAUGGGGACUUUCAUUUCUACUUGUUUGAAAAGAUUUCUCUUACACUAUUGGAAAUCUUUAGCCUAAACAUCCAUCACAUGCAUUGAAAAGACCUGUAGGCUGACAGAGGUCACAGCUCUGUGAAACAGGUAAACUCCAGCCAAAUAUCUGAGCUUCAUCUCCUGACUUGCUGUCAAAGCCAAUGCCUCUUCCAGAAGGAUCCCUCUUUUCUGCAGACUGUCCGCAGUGAUAAGAUUUAGGGCAGCCUUCCAGUUUCAAAGCAUAGGAGACUCCAGUCACAUAUGAGACUUGACUCCUCAAAAGACACAAAGACCAGUCCCCUCCUCCGGACUGGUGUGUUUUGGUUUGGUAUCUGCAAUGAACACGGUGGGGCACGAUGGAGCGGCAGCACAGAGGGCAAUGGGCUCGUAGAGCUAUGUCUGCAUUGCUGUUGUGAGAGCAGUUACUUACAUGAGUUGAGCUGUUGGUGAUCUUUCUUGAGCCCCUGAGGACUUUGAUUACUGUGCAUGUUGGCUCCUGCUGCUUCUCCUGUAUCAAAGAUCAUAUUAAACUCUAAUAAUAAAGUAGAAACUCUUUCAUUCCUCUUAUGGCCCUUGAAGGCAGGAAUCUGAAGGUGCUUGUCAAAAAUGGCCAUGCUAGCACAGCUGCCAGCCUGGAGGGGAUGUUUUAAAUGCAAUGCUUGUUUGUCAGAUCUAGAGGAGGUAAAGGCAGCAGAGGUGACCUUGCCUCUGCCAUGUGGAGGGUUCUUGUGCUUCCCGCUGAAACCCGAGGCUGGCUGGGAUGGGUGCUCAGCGGAGCCAGCCAGACACCGCAGCACUGGGCGCUCGUGGCAGCCCAGCAGCAGAACCACACAGGGUCUGCCACCCCUGCAGGGCUGGAUGCUGGUGCCAUUCCCGUCCCUGUGGUUUCCUGACUGCCCUCUGCGGGGCCUGUGGUCAGCCCGUGGCUCCUGCUUGUGGGGUUUUUCCCGGCCUUUGACCUCUCCUCUGGUGAGUGGCACAUUUGCCGAUGAUUUGGGUCUGAGCUGGUGCCAUCAGCCAUGUGCAAAAGUUAUUGGAAAGUGGAAAUAAAUAGGAUGGGAAAUGGUUUUUACCCAUCCUCUCCAUGGGUUUCCUCCCAGCACGGUCACUGGGAGCAAAGCUCCAGCUGCUGCCUUUUUCCCUACUCCUAAGACAGACCUGCAAAGGCUCUGGUAAAGCUUUUUGCACCAUGUGCAGUUAUUCCCUGCUGAGUGCCAUGACCCCAUGCCUUUCCUUCCCACAUCGUGACUCUAAGCAAAGAAGGCUCUUGCUUCUCUAGUGACAGGCUUUGAAUGAGAAGAACCUUAAUACCAUAGGACAGGCUGUCAAUCCAUCUGUAUUGGUGCUGCAGCCAGAAAAACAAGCCUUGCUGGAUUGCUCCUCCCCAGAAAC